UUUGUAAAAUGUUGGGAUGAGGAUGGAGGUCCACGGCCUUCGGGGGACCAAUUCUGGGAUCCGGGAGAGAAGGCAGACCAGACGACUACCUCAAAUCGGAGCCCGGAAGUCCAGGACACCGGACCAGAAGGACUCGAGCCUCCGAAGACCACGCCCCGUUGGAGCAUCCCUACCCUUGCGGAGCCCGAGGCGACCUUUCCUUCUGUCUCCCGGGCCCCUCCUCCGCUUCUCCACGUGACGCGAAGGCGGGGCGUCACUUCCGGUAGCGGCUGCGCCUGCGCGGAGCUCCCUUCGAAGCAGUUAGUCCCGGCGCUGCGGCCGCCGACGGCGCUUCCCUUGGCUGGCUGGCGGGCGGCUAGGCAGUCAGGCAGGCGGGUUGCCGGGGCCCGCGGAGAGGGCGGAAGGCAGCCCGGCCGACGUUCUCAGUGGCGGCGGCAGCAGCGCCACAACCCCGCCGCGGGGUGUGCGUCCUUAGUCCGUUCCCAUCCCUCCAUUCCUUGUCCUUUGCGCUUAGGCCCCCCUCACCCCUCGGAGCCCGCUUGCGGUGCGGGGCAGCUGGGGGCCCUCGAGCCGCGGGCCUCGGUGUCCCCGCGCGCUCUCGCGCGGAAUGUGAGACUCCCGGCUCCUGCUGACGGCGCCUCCUGGGGCCGCGGGGGCCUCGCGCCGGCGAGACCAUGAAGAAGUUCUCCCGGAUGCCCAAGUCGGAGGGCAGCGGCAGCGGCGGGGCCGGCGGAGGGGGCGGCCCAGGCUGCCCCGGCGGCGGCGGCGGGGCCGGAGCCGGGACCGGAGCCUCCUCCGUCGGAGUCCGCGUGUUUGCUGUGGGCCGCUAUCAGGUCACCCUGGAGGAGCAGCUUGCCGAAGGUGGUUUCUCCACUGUGUUUCUGGUACGGACACAUGGUGGGAUACGAUGUGCAUUAAAGCGAAUGUAUGUUAAUAACAUGCCUGAUCUGAACAUCUGUAAAAGAGAAAUAACAAUUAUGAAAGAGCUCUCUGGACAUAAGAACAUAGUGGGUUAUUUGGACUGUGCUAUUAAUUCAGUUAGUGACAAUGUGUGGGAAGUACUCAUAUUAAUGGAAUAUUGUCGAGCUGGACAGGUGGUAAAUCAAAUGAAUAAGCGGCUGCAGACAGGUUUUACUGAGCCAGAAGUGCUGCAGAUAUUCUGUGAUACCUGUGAGGCUGUGGCUAGGCUGCAUCAGUGUAAGACUCCAAUUGUACACCGGGACCUCAAGGUAGAAAAUAUUUUGUUGAAUGAUGGUGGAAACUAUGUCCUUUGUGAUUUUGGCAGUGCAACUAAUAAAUUCCUCAAUCCUCAGAAAGAUGGGGUAAAUGUAGUGGAAGAAGAAAUUAAAAAGUAUACAACUCUGUCAUACAGAGCUCCUGAAAUGAUCAACCUUUAUGGAGGGAAACCUAUCACCACCAAGGCUGAUAUCUGGGCAUUGGGAUGCUUACUGUAUAAACUUUGCUUCUUCACUGUUCCCUUUGGGGAGAGUCAGGUUGCUAUUUGUGAUGGCACUUUUACUAUCCCAGACAAUUCUCGUUAUUCUCAUAACAUACACUGCUUAAUAAGGUAUAUGCUUGAACCAGAUCAAGACCAUAGGCCUGAUAUUUUCCAAGUGUCCUAUUUUGCUUUUAAAUUUGCCAAAAAGGAUUGUCCCGUUUCUAACAUCAAUAAUUCUUCUCUUCCUUCGUCUCUUCCUGAACCUCUGACUGCUAGUGAGGCCGCUGCUAGGAAAAACCAAAUAAAAGCCAGAAUAACAGAUACUAUUGGACCAACAGAAACCUCAAUUGCCCCAAGACAGAGACCAAAGGCUAAUUCAAGCACUGCCACUCCUAGUGUACUAGCAAUUCAGAGCUCAGCCACACCAGUUAAAGUACCUGUUCCUGGUGAAAUUGGUAACCAUAGGCUAAAAGGAACAUUGAAACUUGGAAACAGUCAAGAGAUGGUGUUGACUCAGGGUCAGCAGCCUCCACAGCAACAUAGAGUACUACAGCAAUUACAGCAGGGUGAUUGGAGAUUGCAGCAACUUCAUCAUAUACAUCACCCUUACCAAUACCAGCAACAGCAGUUAUUCCAGGAUGCAUAUGUUCAGCAGCAGGCAAUGCAGCAGCAGCAGAUAGUCCAACAACAAUUUUUAAUGCAUUCAGUGUAUCAACAGCAAUCUUCUGUAUCCCAGUACCCUGCAAUGAUGCAGCAGUACCAACAGACUUUCUUACAGCAGCAAAUGCUUGCACAGCAGCGGCAGCCACAGCAACAACAUUCACCUGAGUAUCUUACCUCCCCUCAAGAGUUCUUACCAAUUUUAGUUUCCUGCCCAUCAUCCCUUCCUUCCCAGGUUGGAGCCAUAAUAGACUCUUCUUACAGUGCCAAUAGGGCAGUUCCUGAUGCAGAGGCAGCUGCUACUUUUCCAAAUCAAAACCUCAAUAACCCCCCUGACAUGUCAGGCUGGAAUCCAUUUGGAGAGGACAAUUUCUCUAAGCUAACAGAAGAGGAGCUCUUGGACAGAGAGUUUGACCUUCUGAGAUCAAACAGGUUCGAGGAGAGAACAUCCUCAAAUAAGAAUAUAGACCCACUUUCUGCUUCACAGAACCACCCUCCAGAAGAUCCUUUUGGUUCUGUACCUUUCAUUUCUCACCCAGGUUCUCCUGAAAAGAAGGUUGAAUAUUCAUCUAGCAGUCAAGAAAACAGCAUAGGGAGCUCCAUUAAAGAUCUAAAAACAAACCAGAUAUCUAAUGGAGACCAGGAUGGAAGAAAAAUUGAAGAUGCAUCUUCAGUAAGGGGGCAUAUGCAGAAGAGGAGUGAUGAAUCUGAAAGUGAUUUUGAGUCAGAUCCUCCAUCUCCUAAGAGCAGUGAAGAUGAAGAACAUGAAGAUGAAGAUGUUCUUCAAGGAGAACAAGGGGAUUUCAAUGAUGAUGACACUGAACCGGAGAAUUUGGGUCAUAGACCUCUUCUUAUGGAUUCUGAAGAUGAGGAGGAAGAAGAAAAACAUAGCUCUGAUUCAGAUUGUGAUCAUACCAAAGCAAAAUAUGCUGAUGGGAGCUCUCUCAGUAGGUACAGAGGCCAAGCUGGAAGCAGUCAGGCCAGAGCUCCUGGGAUGCCACUUUCCAGUCCAAUCCAGUACCCUUCUGCUGGAGGAAGAGUCACUCCCAGACAGGAAUUUGAUGUGUUUGGCUCAGUCCCUUUCUUUGCGCUUCAUACUCAGCAGCUACAGCACAAAGAAACAAAUGAGAAAAAUGUGUCUACCCCAACUGUUUUUCAUAAUGUGGCAGCAGAGCAGGAUGACUUUGAUGUAUUCACAAAGGCACCCUUUAGCAAGAAGGUGCCAGCGCAGGAUUGCCCUGGGGCAAGGUCUGAGGCACAGACUCUUCCCACAUGCCCCAGAAGUUUAGACAUAUUUGGCUGUACUCCCUUUCAGCCCCUGCCCACAUCCACACAUGAAAGUGAAAACAAAGAGGAUCUUUUUGGCCUCGUGCCCUUUGAGGAGAUAGCUGAGUGUCAGCAGCAGCAAAAAGUGAAACAGCGAAGCCUGCAGAAGCUCUCCUCCCGCCAAAGGCGCAUAAAGCAGGAGGUAUCAAAAAGUAAUGGGAAACGACAUCAUGGUACUCCCACUAGCACCAAGAAAACUUCCAAGCCCACUUAUCGGACGCCAGAGAGGGCUCGCAGGCACAAGAAAGUAGGUCGGCGAGAUUCUCAGAGUAGUAAUGAAUUUUUAACUAUAUCAGACUCCAAGGAAAACAUCAGUGUGGCAUUGACUGACAGUAAAGACAGAGGGAAUGCCAUGCAAGCUGAAGAGAACCUGUUGGAUCCUUUUGGUGCCAAACCCUUCCAUCCUCCAGAUCUGAUACGGCACCCCUCCCAUCAAGGCUUGAGUGAUAACCGUGGGGACCACAGUAUAGCAUUGCCUGGGAGACCGAGGCAGAGUUCAUUACAUGGGUCAUUUCAUAGUGUAGAGGGAUUGAAAAUGGACGAUUUUGGUGCCGUACCCUUCACAGAACUUGUGAUACAAAGUGUCACACCCCAGCAGUCCCCGCAGUCCCAACAAGGAGAAUUAGAUCCAUUUGGUGCUGCUCCAUUUCCUUCUAAGCAGUAGAUACUUCUAACAAACUUUUUUCAUUGACUCCAGUUUUUAAAAAGUGAAGUCUGUUUUAUGAAUUUUCAAGAAGAUAAUUUGUAUAGCUCUUUGUACCACUCAUUACUGCAGGUCAUUUAGAUUAAAAAUUAUUUGAUUUUGUAUAAACCAAAUCGAAGAGGAAGCAUUUCAACAGGGUAGUAACUUGGGGCCCUCUAAAUAUGGGGGUUUCUUCUGAAGAGGAGAAAGGGUAGCAGAUAUGAGCCCUAACAAUCAUUUUAGCUGCUAACUUUCUGGCACAGAAAUAAAGGUUAUUUCACUAAAACAGUGAUUAGAGCCUUUGAAGAUAUUAACUUCUGCACUUUGUGCUGCCUUUCCACUCCUGGGCCAAUAAAGGAAGAUGGAUAAAAGGUCUAACAUUUUAUAUGUAUAACAAAGUGAUGCUUCUUGGAUGCACAGCUCUGGCUCAGUCAGAAUCCAGCAUUAGGAGUUAGAUGUACACCCAAGUUGAGUCAACUCAAAUUACAUCCCUAAAUGAUUAGAAAUCUAUAGGUCUUUAUGUAGAACUCAUUGGCUUCAGAACUUGUACAUGCAGAGCCAGAGGUGACUGACUUGUGCCUGACAUCUUUUAUUCUUUACAGUAAGUGCCAUUAAUAUAUUUAAAAACUACACAAAUGCCUAAAAUGGAAACUAAAGAUAAGGAGAAUCCUUUGUUUUGAAGAAAAUGAAAAGCAUGAAUGUAGGAAAACUUAGCAGGGAAAACCGCUAGCAUAAUCAGCACUUUUGAAAAUGUAUCCAUUAAUUAUGAAGGGCUGAUUUAUCCAGUGCUUCAGUAAUGCCCCCAUAAUAGAGCAAAACAUUGAGUGAGGACAAAUAAAAGAGAAUUAUGCAGGUUAUAAAUAAUUAGGGAGUAUAGGUAAAAAAAAAAAAAAAAUUCAUUUCAUGAGUGAUUUUACUGCAGAAAUUAUAUAUAAAUCAUGUUGCAUUUAAUAUUUUGUUUACUAUCAUGUGUUGCUCAUAUGAAAAUUACUUUAUUUUUGGAGGGUAAAGUAGUAUUUGCCAAGUGCACUGAAGUGAAGUACAUGUGAUACCAGUUAACAAAAAGGUACAGCAGAAUACAAAGUACAGGUAAUUCCCAUAAGUCUGGUCCUGUUCAAUCAGGCAAUUUCAUAGCAUACCACAAAGCCUUACAGGCAGGACCCUAUACCUGCAACAAGUACCUCCACAUUAAAGUACCUCUUUUCCAAGAGAUGCACACAGUUGUACAAAAAAAAAAAAAAAAAAAAAA